ACUGGAUCUGUACCGCAUGCGCAGAAGCCCAAGGUCCGGCCUCCGCGAGGAUGGCGCGACAAAGUCGUCUUCCCCGGUCGCUCGUUACCAACUUAUACUGGCCCUUACCCUGUCGCUACCAUGGAGAUUGAAGUCCCAGCACGAGAUCCACGUUACUUCUCCCACAUCAAGCGCGACCACAAGCAUUUACUCCAGCUGGAAACAGUGCUGAUGACCAUCUACUAUCCGUCUUCACACCACGACCGUGAACUCCGACAAAUGGGCAGUGAGAAGUUAUCACGUCAGUUAUGGCUGGGGAGGCCUCGUCUCAGCAUCGCUCAAGGCUACGGCAAGUUCGCCGGUCUGGGCAACCUGGCCCUUCCGCUCUUCAUACCAGCACUAUUCACGAAAUUACCGGCGUAUCGCAAUGCGCCUCUCGCCCACUACUGGGCUCCGCCUGUUGACACUGACUCGGAGGGCGUUGAUGUCAAGUUCGAGAUGGGGGAGAAGCCAGAAGGUGCGAGUGAUGAGCCCGAAUUCCCACUCAUCCUCUUCAGCCACGGACUCGGCGGUACGCGGACCAUGUACUCCUCAGUGUGUGGGGAGUUUGCCAGCUACGGCUUCGUCGUAUGCGCCGUGGAGCACCGUGACGGCUCCGGACCACGAACGUACGUCAACUUUACCAAGCAGCCUGGUGCUUGUGGGAGUAUGGACGAGCGCGAGAAGAAAGGGCAUGUCGAUCACAAACCAGAGGAACGAAAGAAGGGUUACGAGGUCAUUGAUUAUAUCUUUCCCAAGGACAAUCCGUACGACACCUCGCCUCACAGCGAAGGAGGCGUCGAUCGAGAACUACGAGCCGCGCAGAUCGACCUUCGAAUGGCCGAGCUCGAAGAGGCUUACUACGUCAUGUGCGAAAUCCAUCGUGGUGAAGGCCACAAUGUCGCCAAGCGUAAUCUGCGGACGAAAGGCUACAAAGCGUCCUCUUCCCACGGACUGAAGGGUGUGGAUUGGAGUAAAUGGAAGAACCGCUUCCAUCUUGAUUACGUGACGGCGUGCGGACAUAGCUUUGGGGCUGCCACCGUCACGGAGAUUCUCCGCCAUUCCGAUCGCUUUCCGUUCGUUAGCCAAGGCAUCAUCUACGAUAUCUGGGGCGCUGGCACCCGGCCACCGGAGAAGGAGGCGCCGCAUCACAGAAUCCGCUCUCCAUUGCUCGCGAUUAACAGCGAAGCGUUUACGUACUGGCCGAGUAACUUCGAACUCGUGGAGAGUUUGAUUAUGGAAGCACAAGAAGCACCGUACCAGAACCCGAGCUGGCUGAUGACACUGCGAGGUACCGUACACAUAUCACAAUCGGACUUCUCCCUCCUCUACCGCAACGUAUGCAGCAUGUUCCUCAAAAUGACCGCAGAGCCCCAACGAGCCCUCGACCUCAACAUCAACGCCUCCCUCGAAUUCCUCUCCCACGUCCUCCCCGCCGAACUCGCCCAAGUCAACCGCGCCUACAAAAACGAAAACCUCCUCGAAGCCCGGCCCGCCCCGCUCGACCGCAUCCCGAGUAACCUCCUCCACCGACCCAUGGAAAAGUAUACAGCCAUGCGUCUCCAGAUCAAACACGAAUGGGUGUACCGCAUCUCCCCGACAUUGUACCGGAAGUUGCAACGACGCGAGGCGAAGAAGUCGGGACGGCAGCCGGAGGGCGGGGAUGAAAUUUGGUUGCAUGUCAAGCCGUCGCCGGAGAGUAUUCGGUUGCAUUUGGAGAAGACGGAGGGG